CCGAUUCGCGCUGCUUGAACCAUCGUGAAUGGAUCGUCACCUCUCAAAAGGAUUACACUCGGCCAGCCUUUAUCAUUGCUCACAUAUAUUUUUCAAUAAACAAGAUGGGAGAUGGUUGAAUCGAAAUCUCUCGAUUUAAAGCGUUUUUAAGAUGAAAUCAGGAGUCUAUCACACGAGCCAAUUAGAAGAAAUGGAAGUAUGAUAUAUUGUUUUACAUUUUUGGUUUAUUAGCCCUUUCGUGAUACAGAGAAUUCGUACAGAUCAACUCCAAAACAAACAGGUAUCAUGUUGCUGAACGAAGAUGUAAUGAAAUCAGCGAGCCUUGGUAGCAAGAAAGGCUACUUCGCAACCUUCUUCAUCCCACCUGCCGACGAGGACGAAUGUGUCUUCCAAGACAUCAUCAAGACCGAGAAGGAAUGGCGUCCAGAUACCUCCCUCAGCCAUCACACAUCGACGUCAUCCUCGAGAUCGAACCGCGGUUCGAAGUCGCCACGAGGUCGGGCGGGUCAACGCGGUCGGGGAGGCGCGAGAAGCAAAAGCGCCACGAGGAGCAUCGACUUCGAUCUCGACGACGGUGACCCGGAGAGGGACAGGAAUCGGGUGAGCACGGCGAGGAGUUCGAAAGCGAUGUCGGUACUGUCGUGGGGAGGUUAUUCUGAUUCCACACCGCCGCCGCCACCGUCGAGAUCAGCCAUGAGGAGUCAUGCUGGUGAUGGGAGACGUUCGAUCGGUAGAGGACAACCGAUUAAGUAUGCAUUCGAUCAAGGAAAAGCUUUCGCCACUCCUACAGAGAGGACAAAGAAGACUUGUGAGGUUAUCAAAGAUGCUAACCGUGGAAGCGGCGGUGAUUCGAAAGAGCGUACCUGUCGUCCGUAUAGUAGCUAUACCGUGUAUCAGAAGCGGGAGAACAUAGCUAUCAGCCCGUAUGGUGAGCCGAACUUGAAAGGAGCCGCAGGAAGGUAUCGAGAGCAGUACCAAACCAUCACCAACUCCGUGCCACCGCCGAACGACUCAACCAAGGAAUCCAGAGACUAUGUCUUCAAGAAGUUCCUGGAGAACCUGACAGCACGCUCGAGUCUUGCCGGUCGCUCACCCAUUGGGACACUUAAGAAACCGCCGCCAAAGCCGGUAAGGAAACCAAGCGCGAAGCUGAAUUCGAAGAUUGAUCAUCUGCACAAACAGGCAAAAGCUAGAAUGACCAGUGUCCAGAAAGACCUGUCCAGUGAGAACAAACUCGUAAAGGGACAUCACGGUGUGGAAUACGUUAUAGCCAUGGAGCUGUCUCACAACCUUGAGAAGCAUCGUAUGAAGCGGUCAUACAGCUUCCCCAGCUUGCCAACAGUCGCAGUAGCCGCUAACACAACAACGCGGUUAGAUGCACCGCGGUUGAGAACUCAAUCGGUUAACCACCUCACGCCGGGUGAAACAGCCAUCAGAGGUGGUAUUGAAACUAACGUUUUCGAUUCGGAACGAAGCAAACGCGGACCACUGACAUGCAUUGAGCGUAAACCUCGCGUGCGGUCACCACCGCUUUCUAAACUCUCGCGUGACCGCUUCUUACCGGAGGCGAUUAGACGUCGUGAGAUUGAGCGUCAGGAGAGUCUCGCUGGGCUACGCAUUACCGCCAACACGCCGGUCACAGACUGGAAAACGGAAACAGACCGACGACCUUCUUUGACUGCGACGACUAAAAUGCAAUUGGAUUCCCUGGCGUCGAAAUCAAUUGAAAACCUGAAUGACGUCGAUGACGACUGCGACGAUGGGCGAUCUGAUAACGUCGAAAAUAACUCGGAUCACGAAAACCUGGACACCAAUGAUUGUGCGGUUGAAGAUUUGUAUAAUGAUGACGAACAGGGACAACAUUCGGGUGAUGAAAAUACUCAGGCAGCAGAUCAAGCGGGUGAAGUUCGUGAUGAUGUUGAUGAGGAUUGUGGUGUGAAUGACGAAAAUGCUCCUUCUGUUCAUGAACCGGAAGUAAAUCAAGAGGUGGAUGAAAGUCAGGCAGAUGAGAAAGAUGGUACGGGGGUCGUUUCGGGAUCUCUCGAAUCGGAACAUGCUGGAAAUGACGUCACGCCUGAAGUGACCAAUGAAGAGGGAGGAGGCAAAAGUGGAGAUGAAUAAUCAAUAAUGAAUUCGUUUUAGAAAUAUGGUACGCAGUAUACAAGUUGAAAUUUCAAAUUAAGAACAUUUAUCCCAGUCCAGAACAAGUCAAUGAUUCAUAUUAACUGAAAAAUAUCAUUCCCAGAUACAAAGAUCCACACGUUUUAGGAAACUGAUGAAAGCAGUAUGGACCUGGCCACGGAGGAUUAUCUAAUGUUACUUGGGAUGCUGUGAGCCUGUGACAAUGGUCAGCACCCCCAGUAACAAUACAAUAAUCCUCCGUGGACAGGGCCCUGGAAAACAGACCCUACACUGUAAAAAUUGCGGUGUUAAAACUGACACCAAUUGGUGUUAAAUAGAGGACCACACCCUGGGGUGGUAAAAUUACAUAUAGAGAUAAAACAUAACACCAAAGAGUGUAAAUGUAACAACAAAUGGUGUUGUAAUAACACCUAUAAGUGUAAAACUAACACCAACAAUUUAACACCAGUGUAAAAUAACUGGUGUGGUCCUCUAUGUACACCAGUUAACACCAUAGUUUUUGCUGUGUAUAUUUGAUUCCCCUUCUUUUAAUCUAUCUCCUUAUUUUUAUCAGUCGAUUGUUUUCUAAAUUGGUUUCCACUUAAAACAUCCUUGCUUAUAGAUACAUUGAUCGAAAAAGGGCAAAUACUUUCAUGAACGCUUUAUCCUGACAUCAGAUUUCAAUGAUGUUUUUUGUUUAUAUUUAUUUCUGAUGUAUAUAUUUGAUAUAUUUUGAUAUUUGAUAUACUUGUAAAUCAUUAAUGCAUCAAAAUCAAUAGAUUGUUUAUUUAUAAAAAUGUCGGAGUUUAAAGGAAGAAAUGCGUGCAAUUCUGUGGAAAUAGAACGAUUAUGUUUUAGAAGUUUCAUAUUUUUCAUGGUUAUGAAGAAGUAAUUAUUGGAGGCGAGUCCUCACAAUGAUGAUGUAAAUUGCAGUAUGACAAUCAAACUUGAAAUGUGUAUGUAAUAUGAAUGUUUGACACUCUUUGUAUUUUUGUAACGCACAGCACCGAAGUAGUACUGAAAUAAAUCCAACUUGUAACUG